UUGGGCCCGAUGAAGUACCGCCGCAAGAUCAGAAGAUGUAUCUUUUGCGACCACGGUCCUUGCUUGACAUGGACGCCGCGUUGUCGCGGCAGUACUUGGCCAGAAAAGGUGAGCGGCGUCGUGCGGCUUUAGAAGAGUACUCCAGAGACGGCUUUUACGAAAAGGAGGCUACAAUGAUAGAGGCUUUCGCAGCAAGUGGUAGUUUUGUCCUGCGGGAUGAGCCUGAUGAAAAUGAAAGUUGGACGGCAGCAGGAAGCAAGACGGCACCUCCUGCGGCCCCAGGAAAGUACCACUUGGGGAAACACACUCGCGCAUUAGUUGAACGGCACGGUGUGGAAGUCCCGACAACGGUACGCCAACUUCGUGUUGACGUAGGUGCCAGCCACGUCCGCUUCACGCCGUUCACUCGGGCUAAGGGUGUGUCAUUUGGAGCACACACACGUAUAAAGCUUUUUACACUGGCGGCUUACACAGGCAUCGAGGUAUUGUUUCUUGGUGCAGAAACUAUUGUGGAACAUAUGGUCCUAGCGAGCACCAGUAGGGUGCGAGACAUUGUGAUGCUUGGAUCGGGGGCUCGCAUUAAACGAAUCACUUGGCUUGUCGAUUCAGCACAACCACCGUCAUCAACCAAUAUUAUAAACCAAGUGCGGCGGUGCAGCACUGGCACUAGCAUCUUUUCCCAAGGCGAUCACGAUCACGAUAUGACUGAAACAACUCAACAAGAAUCUCCUCGAGGUCGAGACGCUACGUUAGAUGAAGAGGCGAACCACAGCGCACCACCAGAGCACAAUUACCAUGAUGAUAGCGAGCCAUCAUUGAUUCGAAGCGCAAGAGAUGUUGCUGUGGUGGUUGCAAAGGAGGGCCUCGUGUUCGAGGAUGUCCUCGCUUCGAUGCCUCCAGAGGUGCGAGAGCACCAAAACCAUGCGCGUAUAGAUUUAGAGUCCCUUUUUUACUUCACACGAACAGAAGCAGCGAGUGCAGACGCAACGCAAGCUUCCUUCUCCUCUUGUCCACAACACGACGGCCACACACAAAAUAAAGAGCCUGUAGAAGAAGCCCCUUUAUCAUACCGAGUCAACGAACGGGAACUCAGCUUGCUAUCGCCCUUCGUAGCUUCGAAACAAGCAAAUAUAAAAACGGAUCCAAGAGCACCUGAAGAGGGUGGCGUCGAAGCAGAACACGUGCAGCAUAGCCCUGAGCCAGAGGAGGGGCGACCUUUUGUCACGUCGGGGUUAGCUCGGUAUGUGGAUGUUCGUGUUUUGGCGAAUCGCGACACGGUUUUUUUGAGCAAUGUCUGGGGUAAGUACACGAAGUACAUCGAGCCGACUUGUCGGCGUUUGAAUUCCGUGGUGCUACAGCCGACUGAAGGAGUCGUGGAGAAUGGUGCCGGGCUGCGUGCAGCACGUACAUCUCAAUCUAGUAGCAAAAAUCCACCACAGGUAGAUAACAACCAAGCGCAUGCAGAAUACUUGAUGUUUACGCACGACAAGAAGGCGUACUACACUUGCCUCACAAGCUUAGAGUGCAAUGACUUCGUAGACGAGGCUAACUUUCAAAGAAAAAUGCAAGCGCUGAAUGGUUACCACUCUGCGGUAGAGCAAGGCGAAACAUUCGAGUCACACGAUGUCUAUCGCUUCCGACACCAUCAAAUAAGUAGCGAAGCAGAUGACACAACUAGUAGCGAACAAGUAACUUCUGCUGACGAGGUCGAAACACUACGCAACAGCGUACUAGCCCUGUGGUACACGGAAGUGUGGCAGGGAGGACAACUUGCCACUUCGCAGCAAAAUGGCGAAUCAAAGGAAGAUGUCGAUAGACUCGGAAAAACUAGAGAGAAAAAACAACAGAC